AUGCACUCGGAGGCUGCGGAGGUGUAUGUGGCCGCCUGCAACGAGGCACACGCGGAGUGUGCGCUGGAGUUAGUGUACGCGUUGGACAACAACGAACGCACCGCAAAUCUCGCCGACCGCGCCGUGCGGCUCAACGAUGUGGACUUGGCGUGCGUGGCGGAGGCCCUCAUGGUCGCCUCGCACCCCCUGCGGGUUCUCAACGUGGAGAAUAACGCCUUUGGGCUGCCGGGGCUGCAGGCACUCCUCGGGGCGAUUGAGGAGAACCCCGGCCUCAUCCGGGAACUGCGGCUCGGCAGGAAUAAACUGAAGGAUCAGGCAGCCGUCGCCAUUGGACACACACUCUCACGGGAUGGCUGUGGACUGAAGGUCUUGGAUCUUUCCGAGAAUGAAAUUACGAAGCUUGGUGUUAUUCCCAUCGCCACCGCACUUGGUAGUGAGUCCUGUGAUAUUGUGGAACUAUCCUUUCACAAUAAUAAGAUUGAAGCCGAUGCGGCCAUGUAUUUGGGACAGGCAAUCCGUGAGGCAGGGAAAUUAAGGCAUUUACAUUUAGGAUAUAACGCCAUACGAGACGCCGGGGCGGCGCAUCUCGCCCAAUGUAUUCCCGUUACCAUCAGUUUAUCUACACUGGAUCUUACUGCUAACCGUAUUGGUCCUGAUGGGGGUAAAGAAUUAGCAAGAGCCCUCAUGACAAGUACAUGUAAUAUUCAACGUUUGAAUUUACGGCACAAUCUUUUUGACAGUGAAACUAUUGAGAUGUAUGCUGAUGUUAUUCGACACAAUACUUCACUUAUUCAACUUUUUCUGGGUUUUAUGAAUCCAGAUCCAGGAGUUGCCGCUCUUGUACUUUCUGCGUUAAGCUCUAAUCGAACUAUGCUUUUACUUGAUAUCUUUGGAUGGAAACUGCAUCCGGAAAAUACAUUGGAGCUUAUUAGCAAUAUACAAAAAACAAACAAUACUGUAAUGACUAUUGUAACUGAUGCUUGUCAAUCCAUUGCGGGAGAAAUUGAUGCGGGUAAUCUAGAAAGGGAAGCACGUGGUCAACAUCCAAUAUAUGUUGGACCAGAUGAUCGCGAAGCAGCAGCUGCAACCACAAGUCUUCGUCGUAUUUCUCGAGCACAAUCACGACGUCAUUCACGAGCUUCCUCAAGAGGACCUCUUUCACGCACAGGGAGUCCACAACGUAGAGUAACGGAACGUUCAUCAUCCCGUAAAGACUCUGAUGCACAUUCACGACACUCCUCUCGGGCUCCACCAGAGCAGGUAUAUCGUUUUCCACAAAAUGACCAAACACGUACAGCAUCUCCAAAUUCAGUAAAAGAAAAGUAUAACCAACAAAAUCAAGGAAGUAUCUCACGUGAGUCAGGAGGGGAUAUGAAGGUACGAGGAAAAUCUCUCCCACAGUCUGAUAUUCAAGGAAAUGAAUCUAUGAGAAGGAUUAUUGAACAAUUACAAAAUGAGAUCAAUGAUAUGAAGCAGAAACAACGAACUUAUGAAUCACGUAUUAUGGCACUUGAGAAAAGGAAAGAAUGUUUCUGUGGAUGCGAACCUUCAGGUUUUGUUAAUCGAGGAAAAUCCUCCCAAGUUGCGCGAGAGAGUCCUCUUAGAAGAACUCAAGAUCAAUCUACUAAUGAUUCCAUGAAUCGUGGUGAUAUGAGUUAUACUCCCAUAAAGGAUGACUACAAAAUUCCUGAAAAUGGAAUGCAUAGUAAUCGCUCUACUACUAUGCAGUCUGGGUUUCACCAUCGGCAACCACAAGAUCAAACACCUCCGCGUCAAAGAAGUCGGCCUGCAUCUCUGCAUGGAUCUGAACACAACAGUCUCCCGGAUAGAGGAGCGGUGGUGAAUGCUCGCAGUCUCAGUGUCAACAGCACUGGUACCUGCGGUGCGCCAGCUGAUCUUCCACAGGUUGUGAAUAACCGCAUUGAGCGAUCGGAGCCGGCGGCGGAGCCAAGAGAGAUUCCAUCCGAGAGGAAACCACCAGAAGUGAUGUUGCAAACAUCCGCGCGGCCGAGCGUCGACUACCGACCUCAUCUUGGUCCUGCCCCAUCAAAGGACAAAAACCCACCAAGACGAAAGGGAUCAGUGCACAUCUAA